GACUGGUGGGGUCCACGGCCAUGGCCCGCAGCAAAGUUUGGAAAUAUUACGAUAAAAUAGACAACAGCACGGCGCAAUGUCAGCUCUGCGAAAGGAUUAUCAAAACUUCCGGCAACACGUCCAACUUGAUGAAGCACAUGAAGACCCACAAGCAAAUAGAUCUCGACAAUAAUGAAGCUGUGGUGAUGCGUGGCAUCUUCAAGCCGCGUGUGUUGAAAAGGAAAAUCAAAAAGUCUCCAACCUACGAGGGCCUCCCGUUCUUGUUCGAGGGGCAAUAUAACAGCAGCACCGAGCUGGCAAUGAAAACCAAAGCGGAGACAGAGCAUUUCAGAGAGCUGGAUGAUGAUGUCUCUUGUCAGGCAGUUGAACAGGCUGCCAUCUGGACGACUGGUGUUACGGAGUCAACGGCAGACACAGUCACUGCCGAGGACAUUAUAGAAUUUGAGCCCAAGGAGGCGAACGAUGUAGAGGAAGGUAUUUGCAGCAACUUCCUCAGCAAUCUGGAAGCUAGAAUACCUGUCCACCGUUCGUUUCUUCAGGACAUGGCCUUUUUUGUCUGCCGGGACAGGCAUCCACUGCAGACAAUUCAAGGCGAGGGAUUCAAGCACUUGGUGAGUGCGUUGUGCCCAGGCUCCAAGCCACCCAGCGUGGAUGAGCUGGAAACGUACAUUUGCAACCAGCGACAACUGCAAGCAACGAAGCUGCGCCAACAAUUAGCAAGUCUUUCCACACUCUCCCUAAGUGUUGCCCUUCACAAUAGGCCAGAGAAGCGAAGUUACCUGGUACUGGCGGUACACUUCUACGAGGGACUGGAAAAGAUAUCCAGAACGUUGUCGGUACAAGGCUUGCCCGAGCAUUACACUGACAGCCAGAUUGUGGAGCGUAUGGAGCGGGUAUGUCGACGCUUCGGCAUAAACAAGGCAAAGAUCACCUGCGUGGUGACAGGUGGCUGUCGUCUGCUCGAGGAUGCUGUCACGUCCCUGCUGGGGGAUCAUAGACAUAUACCCUGUUUUGGCUAUCUGCUGAAUACCAUACUAGAGGCCACAAUGCUCCGCAAGGAGGUUCUUCACUACAGCGAGAAGGUUCGCCCCUACGUUGCCUGCUACUUCGACAGUGGGGUCCCCAACUCACAAAGAAAGCUUCACCUGGAUGUGCAUCAACGCCCCCUGAGCACCUUUGAUAUGCUGGAGGGAUACGUCAGGGAAGCCCCGCAGCUGUCCAAAUGCGUGCCACUCGAGAUUAGCCCGCCGCUGUCAGAGGAAGAGCUGGAACAGUGUCGUGAACUGCUUGGUGUCCUGAAGCCGCUGGCCAGCUCAAUGAGGGAGCUCAGUCGAGCAGGAGAGACAUCAUUUCCCGUGGCUAGCAAGGCCUUGCCCAUAGCAUACACCCUCAUCAACGAAUUGAAGAAGAACCGAAGCCCAGAGAUUCAGUUGACCUACGAUCUGCGCAUGUUUCUGGUCGGUCAGCUGGAGGAUUGCUUUUAUAGCAUAGAGAAUAAUGUCCAACUUGCUAUGGCAACCCUGCUGGAUCCCCGCUUUCGCACCAUGCCUUUUUCCAGAGUAUUGGCGUCCCAGUACAAGAAGGAUCUGCAUGAGAUUUUUCAGACACACGUAAAGCCUUGCGAGGCAGCCACUGUUAUAGAGGAUGCUACCGAAAACUAUGACAUUUGGGCAGCGUUCAAGGCUCUGUCGCAUGAGAAGGAGCAGCACAGGCAGAGAACAGAGCCCAAUGACCGGGAGGAUGAGAUCAGCAGCUAUUUUGAUGGAAGAAUUAGUAACCUACAGGAGGAGCCAAUGAAGCUGUGGGAAAAUCUCAUGCAUUUGUAUCCCUUUCUGCAUGGUCUGGCCAAAAAGUAUCUGCACAUUCCGGCCACCGCUGUGCCGCCGGCGAGUCUGUUCACGGACACAGUGGCGGACGCAAAACUGACUGACUCUAGCAUGGAGAGCACGCUCUUUCUGGCAGAUAUCCCAUUGGAUGAGUGGUAAUUAUAGUAACAUUUUUCUAUUAAAGC